AUGUCGCCAUUCAAGAGACCCUUUACGGCUGACGAAGAGCUUGGGAAGAAAGAUGACGACCACCGACCCCAGGCUAUUAGAGAGCCGCUCUGGAGGUCAAAGCAAUGGAGAGCGCCCCGGCCGCGUCGAUUCAUAGUAGUGGUCAUCGCUGUAUACCUACUAUACCUAUUCUUCAAGAAUAUGCCCACCGAUAUACCUCCCGCGGUGGAACGAUUCAACCCAGGCUUCGCGCAAGGACGACGACAAAGUGGAAGACCAUGGCCUCCUUCCAUCACUCCGCCGGCGACAUCUGCACAAAAACCUCCUCCACGAGACGCAUCUACCAAACAGGAUAGAACGGAUUUUUAUUACGAGGGAGACAUCAAAUUUAAUGCCUUGCCGAAGUCUUUGCAGCGUUUCUGGAAGCCACCGGCUCGAUAUGGCAACACCGCUAGCCAUGCUGUUGUAUUUGCUGCCUCUAGCUUACGAAGCGUUUCCGAUCUUCUACCUCUUGCUUGCCGAAUGGCGGAACAGAGAGUGAAUGAGGUCCAUUUUGUCCUCAUGGGAAGAGACGAUGUGUCGAUAGAGGGGAUUCAACGUGUUAAUGGCAUAGAUGAGAUUGCUUGCCUGAUUAAUUGGCAUGAUGGUCGGCCUAACUAUGCCCCAUGGUCUACUGAGGCUCGCAUGGAGAAAGCCGUGGCGGCAGCUUUAGGUCACAUUCAGCUCUAUACUCGUCCACAAGCCUUGAUCACUCAAGGAGACUCAUGGGAAGACCAUUUUUUUAUGAGUGCUGUUCAAAUGAAGGCUCAAGAAAUCAGCUUAACCCAUAUCUCUCUACCAAGUCCUGCAAGAGAUGUUAUGUGGAUGUCUAUGCUGGAUAGCGAUGCUCUCAAAGCGUGGAACGAUGUUCACAUCGAGCUCCUUAUCCAAGCAUCACCCGAGUCUUCUGGUUCUUUGAUCAGAUUAAUUCGAUCAUUGGCGGCGGCUGAUUAUCUUGGGUCGAUCCCCAGCUUGACCAUUGAACUCCCUCCUCGGGUAGAUCCACAACUUCUGCACUUCCUACAAAAAAUGAGAUGGCCCCCUCAAACCUCGAGCAAAGUCACUCUUCGUCAUCGUAUCCGACCACAUCAUUUGGACGCAGCGGAGGCUUCUUUGCGAACUGCAGAGGCUUUCUAUCCAAGAGAUCCGAACAUGACGCAUGUACUUUUGCUGAACCAGCAAGUUGAGCUGGCCCCUUCGUUCUAUCAUUACCUGAAGUAUACUAUGCUUAAAUAUAAGCAUUCGAAUCAAGUGCAGCACGCCCCUUCUAAACUUCUGGGGAUUUCGCUUGAGCUUCCCUCUUCGCAGGUAACAAACGACGAGCCUUUCAAGCUUCCCGAAUUCGACAUGAGUAGCCAUAUGUCACAGCUAGGUGACGGUGGAGUACUUCCUAUCUUUCUCUGGCAGGCUCCAAACAGCAAUGCGGCCUUGUACUUUGGCGACGGGUGGGCUGAAUUCCAUUCUUUUCUCAGCAAUCGGUUCACUAUUCAUGAUCCUACCUCCAAGGAUCCCCCAGACGAGCAGGUCAUUUCCAAGAAAUACCCGGCAGUAAUGGAGUAUCUCCUUGAGAUGAUUCGAGCCCGCGGUUACUAUCUAUUGUACCCAGCGUUUCCUGCCCAAGGCUCAUUUCCUCUUGCAACAGUGCAUAGUGAAUCAUACCAACCCCCGGAGGAGUUUGCUGAUGAUAUUCUACCAAACACGCCGGAAACGUCUGCAGAUUCAGAGGUGGGUAGGAGAACUGAAAAGCCCUUGCAUCAGAUAUCGACAUUGAUGCCGCUUCUCGAUCGCUUCUCCAUUAACUUGCCGGACCUCAGCAGUUUGCCAUUAUUGUCAUACCGCGGAGAAUCAAUCUCAGAUGCAAUUUAUGCAAAGGACAUCGAAGAAUAUACGAAGAGAUUCAGGACUCGUUAUGGGGGAUGCCAAGAUGGUAACUGGAAAGCAGACUCAAGCCCAGGUCUAUUUUGUUCAAGUGACCUGGUGGAUGUCGCAUAG